AAACCUCAACCCGUUUGUACUAAAAUUGCUGUCGUCUUCUUAAAGAGAGACACACAGAGAGAGAGAGAGAGAGAGAGAGAGAAAUGAAUGGAUCCUUAAGUUUAUUGCAGCUUCGGCAUAUUCCUUCCGCCAACAAAUUUCUAUUCAGAAGCUCUAACUUUUGUCAAGGUCUGUAUAUGAACGCAAGAGUAUCACAAUGUCCAAACUUGUGCUUUUCUAGACAUACGCAGACUAUCACCUAUGAAAUUGUGAAUGCAAGCUAUGUACCUAUCCACCAAACUAAACCAACACGCAGUUAUACCACGGAUAAAUCACCAGGGAAUCUUCAAAACCUUGGUGCAUUUCAAAAGCUGCCUAUGGUGAUGCCAUCUGUUGAUAUUCUUUAUUCUGCAUUAAGGAAGGCCAAAAGGGUCUCACCCACAAAAGGCAUUGCUAACAUUGCCAAACGAGAGAGAAAUAGAGGUGCAAAGCAACUUGAUGCACUAAUGAAGGAAUUGGCAGUUCCAUUAAGAGAAUAUUUGGAAAACUUUCCUAAAAGAAAAUAUCUACAUCCUUAUGAACAGUCACUUAUUGAGUUGACCCUUGGAGAUGGAAAUUAUGAAGAGGUGUUGAGAAAAGUAGAUGCUCUGAGAAAGAAGGUAGUCUCUAUUGGGAAGGAACAUGCUUCUGUUUGUGCUAAGUCUUUGACAAAACGAGAAGCUGAGGAACGGCUGAAUGAGGGUCGUGAAAAGCUUGAGGAAAUAUUUAAAUGUGAAGGAAAGGCAGUUGAUGAUUUAUUGAACAUUGCCAAGACUUUGCGGGCUAUGCCAGUAGUUAAUUUGGAAACACCGACUCUCUGUCUCGUUGGAGCUCCUAAUGUGGGAAAGUCAUCCUUGGUUCGUAUACUCUCAACAGGGAAGCCUGAGGUUUGCAACUACCCUUUUACAACUAGAGGAAUUCUAAUGGGUCAUAUUGCUUUUGACUUCCAGCAUUUUCAGGUGACUGACACCCCUGGACUACUGAAGAGAUGUGAUGAAGACAGGAACAAUCUGGAAAAAUUAACGCUUGCUGUCCUUACACAUUUGCCUACAGCAAUUCUCUAUGUUCAUGAUCUCACUGGAGAAUGUGGAACCUCAGCUUCUGAUCAGUUUGUGAUAUACAAAGAGAUUAAAGAGAGGUUCAGUGAUCAUCUCUGGCUUGAUGUUGUGUCUAAAUGUGAUCUCUUGCAAGAGUCUUCGAUGAUUUUUAAUGCAAAGGAUAACAAUAACGAUCAUUUUGAAAUGGUAAGAUAUCAUAAAGUGGGACCCAAUGGGGCAAUCCGAGUGUCAAUAAAGAGUGGAGAAGGGCUAAAUGAGCUAAAAGGUAGAGUGCAAAAUCUACUGGUUGGUCAGAUGGAGAGGAUCAAAAGUAUGGCGAGCAAAGACGAUAAUCCAUGAUUUCAUGCAUAAUUGUACCAAGUCUGGAGUCGAGGAUAACAAGUUGGUAAUGGGAGGAGCCAGCUGUGUAGUCUGCAAUACAUAUGGAGAUGGCUAAAAUCAUCCAGGUUCAGCGGUUAAAAAAAAAAAAAAAAUCUUACACUUUUAGUUCGUUCUGAGCACUCAAAAUCUAUAUCAACCAGCCAAAGAAUGUUGACAGAAGAAGGAGCGGGAAGUGGGAUGAGUACAAAUGUCAAACCUGCAACAAGAAGCAGAUGCUUUGGGUUGUCGUCCAUUGUCUAUUCUAGAGGAAUGGUUCUGUUAUGACAAAUGGUGGAAAUGAAUAUUUUGGUUCUGUUAUGACUCGCUCUUCCAACAAAGUAUCCAACCUUCAUUGAAACAGAUAGGCAAGUUGGAUAAAGAAUUGGAAUAUAAUAAUAUAUUCCAACGUCAGUAUCAUAAUAAUAUUAGCUCUAUACAUAUUCCUUUUGUACAAGCUCUUGUAUUCAAUUAAAUAUAUUAUAUCAAAUGAAAUUGUCCAAUUAAAAUUGGUAAAUGUGAAGUAUAGAAAACAUGUAUUUAUAAUGUGAACUUCGCUUUUAAUAUAUAAUAAAUACUAAAUUAAUAUA